UCAACUGAAGGAUAUCAAUAUGAAACUGUUCGUGUUUGUUUUGUCUGUAUUCACCGUCCUGGCAGUAGUGCUUGGACAGGAUCUGACCACUGUGGGGACUAAGCAGGAUCUGACCACUGAGGGAACUAAGCAGGUUGUGACCACUCAGGGGAUUCCGCGGCGUGUCCGUCGCAAGCUGGACAUCAGGGACCAUCCCGAGCGGUACCGCCCACAGGGUAACUUAUGCGGCCCCGGACAGCCCUGUGACAAAGGAUAUCUAAAUGGUUGAAAGCUUC